CAUUCGGCGCGCGGUGGAACCCGCGGCUGUGCCAACGUUCUAGCGCGCCGGGCUCGCCACGCACGUGUGGGGCUUUCCCCCGGAUCAGGCCCCGCGAGGAUGGCGCAGCUCAGGGUGACCGAUUUCUUCUCCCACAGUAAAAACCCCGCCCGGGACGGACCGCUGGGCACGAAGCGGAGGAAGACCCGGGCCGCGGGAGGAGUGGCCGGGGAGACGCGCCGGGCCGCCCGCUCCAAAAGCCGGCCUACCCCAGCCCCGCUAAGGAUCCCAGCAGGGAGCGGCCAUGAGCCCCGGGGGAGCCUCCGAGAAGCCAGCCCGGGAGCAAAGCUGGUCGGAUUGGAAAAGAACGAUAGGGCGGCGGUGAGCGCUGCAGCCGGGCUGCCUCCCCUGAGCCCCCAGCAGCAGCUGCUGCUGGCCUCCCCCCACACCCCGGUGCGCCCCGAUCCCAGCGCCCCACAACCCCCGGCACGGACACUGACCGGCCGAAAGCGGUGUAGACAGGAACUGGACCAGGAACUGGAAGCGGGGCGAAACGCCGGCCCCCUAGCCAGGCUCCCGCCCCAGGAGACCGGCAAGAGAGCGGCCAGGAAGAAGCUGGUACUGCCCGCAGAUGAAGACCCCCAGGGUACAGCGCAGGAGACGAUUUCCAGCCCCUGCUCCAGUGCUGCCCUCAGACCCCCAACCCCAUCCUCCCUUAACAAGAAUGUGAAGAACUUGGUGAAUGUGACCCUCUCACCAGGUCCAGAGAGUGGGCUGCAGUCUGGCCUGGCUACAGUAGAGGGAAACGUAAGUCUUAAGCAGGUUUCAUCCAGGGAGCUGAAACACCGCCUGCAGAGACUCCAGGAGCUGACUUGGAAAGCCAAACUGCCCGCUUGCCCCUCCGAGACCUGCAGUGACUUGAAAAGCCGCCUGAAACAAGUGCAGGAGCUAGAAUCCAAAAUCCGCAACAGAAAGGCAGAGGAGGGGAAGGGAUCUGGACAGCAACCAUCCAAAGAGACCUGUGAGCCAACUGCGGAAGCCAGCGAGAGGGCACCUGCCUAUCAGCGAUUCCACAGCCUUGCUCAGGAUCUUCCCCCAGGUCUCACGCUGCCCUAUAAAUACAAGGUACUGGCAGAGAUGUUCCGCAGCAUGGACACCAUUGUGGGGAUGCUCUUCAAUCGCUCGGAGACGGUAACCUUUGCCAAGGUCAAACAGGGUGUCCAAGAUCUAAUGCACAGGCAGUUUGAAGAGAGGAAUGUGGGUCAGAUCAAAGCCGUGUACCCCACUUCGUACAGAUUCCGCCAGGAGAAGAACAUCCCAACCUUCAGCAGUUUCUUGAAGAAAUCCAGCUACCAGCUCACUGUGGAGCCAGUGCUGGGGGAAGAGGAGAAGGUAGAUGGCCGCCCGCACCUGUCAGCAUCACGCUUGCUGGAACGCAGGAGGGUAUUCAGCAGGAACCUGGUGAACAUUGUCAAACAGCAUCACAAGACAUUCAUGGCUUCCCUCAGCCCCCCAAUGGUCAUACCAGAUGACAAGCUGACCAGAUGGCACCCUCGCUUCAAUGUAGACGAGGUGCCAGACAUAAUACCAGCUGAGUUGCCCCAGCCCCCUCAGGUGGACAAGCUGACCACAGCGCAGGACGUGUUGACCAAGGCCCGGAGCAUGAUGACCCCAAAGAUGGAAAAGGCUCUUGCCAACCUGGCUCUAAGAACAGCUGAAACCAGCCCAGGAAAGCAUGAGGACCCCAAAGCAACACCCACGGCCAACACCUCCAGUGCCCUGAAAGGGGUGUCCCAGGCCCUGCUAGAGAGGAUCAGAGCAAAGGAGGCUCAGAAACUGCAGGCUCUGAUGACCCGGAAUCCACAACAGGAGGAGCGGCUCGUCAUGAUCUCACGGCUGCCAGAGAUGGCACGCCUCCUACGCAACGUGUUCGUGGCUGAGAAGAAGCAGGCGCUGACUAUGGAGGUGGCAUGUACGCGGAUGCUCGACAGCUACCGGACCACAAUGACCUCUGGUGAAAUGGAGAAACACCUACACCUCUUCUCAGAGUUGCUGCCUGACUGGGUCGUCAUCCAUCCAAUCAGGAAAGACACCUACAUCAAGCUGGACAAGAGCAUGGACCUCAAUGUCCUUAUGGAGAGACUGACAAGGAUGAUUGAGGAGGAGAAGCUCUGAUUCUUGGGGGGUGGGAGGGAGAUGGCUGGGGGUGAGACCUUGAUUUUAAUUAGAUGUGCCUCUGAAUGUAGCAGAGAUGGGGCUCUCAAGGUCUUGCAGAGAACUCCCCUUUGGGGUGCUUGUGACCUCACUGGUUUCUACCUAUGCACAGGAAACGGAGAAGGUAGACAAACCUCUUUGAUCUUGGGUUUUUCGUUUGGCACAGUUCUGGGCAACUCCCCUGGCCCUCAAACAUGAGGGCUAAUGUUAUGUUCACUACUGCAUGCCCUCCACCAGUAGGAGGUUGCAUUUGGCUUUCCUACCUAAAUUGCUCCCUUUUUUUAGCUCUCAGUGCUCUGUUACUAUGGGCAACUUCGUACAACAAAUAAAAGUGCUCAGGCCACAGUGGGAGCAGGGGUGUUUGAGCAUCUCUGGCUGGCAUGGCCUUAGUUACAUAAGCCAGACCCCCUCUCUGAACAAUGAUGUAAUGUUUAAUUUCCUUGAACAAGUUUCCAGUAUGACAACUUGCAUCCAUUUCUUCCAUUAGCUGAAGGUGCUGUGGGGGUGGAUGGGAUCAUAUGCCAUUUCUCAUAAGUGAGAAAUAAGAAAAAUGGAAUUUCCUUUGGAAAAAAAUAAUCCCAGGGGCUCUUUUUAAUCUGUUCUGUUUUAGAGAGAGAGAGAGAGAGAGAGAGUGCAUCUCAGACCACUCCAGCUCUGAUGUGUUCAACUCCAUGUACAUAUUGUUGAAAGGUGUUGGUAUUAAACUUUUAAAUGAUUGGCAGUAGCAGUGCUCCCUGCUUUAAUGAAAGCUCUUGCCUUAACCAGUGGGCUGCUUGAGGUGCUGAGGCUUCUCGGCAGCAGAACUUUGUGAAUUACCAGUAGAGGGAAGGCUUGGGGUGUCAGCCAAUUCAAUUCAUGCAAAGAGACUUCUUGGAAAAAAUGAGCAGGGGUUUGCAGAGAAAUGACUGCAGCUUUUGUACAUACAGGCAUGGCUGAGAGCACAGUUUAGUGUGUGAGGGUCGGUACCUAAUCAAAGGUUAGGCCUUCAAGGGAAGGGAACUGCUGACAGCUUUUGGCCACUGCAGCAUAAUCUAAUUAGCACAAAUGAAGAAUGCUCUGUACCCCCAACUGUUGGUUCAUGUACCACUUUUAACAUGUGUUGUGAAUUGAUAGAACAUUAAGCUCCUGUUGAUGGAACCCUGCUCUGGAUGGUCCAUGCUGUAAGUCUGAGGGGGGACCCUAAACCCCUCUGGCACAUCACUGAGGUGCCAUCCAGGGCUUUGUCAGCUCAGAAGGCCUCAGGAUAUACAAAUACUGCUUGGAGGAGUUACCUCAGAGGUGCAGGUAAGGAACAGGUCUUCCUUGCCUCAAGUACUAGGACAUGAAUGUGAGUUACUGCUCGUUUAUACCAGAAGUACAAACAGUGAGCACCUCUGUUCUUUACACUAGGUAAACUACAGCCAGGCUGGCCCAUCUGAUUGAGGGAGCAGAUUCAGAAGGUGCCUAUUUGCCCCCAGAAUGACUGCAGUAGACAGGCUGGUAGUGCACAUGCAGGAGCUAACAUUAGGUAAUGACACAAAAGAAGCUGUUGUGUAACAGAACAAAGCCAACUUACUGCUUUUCACUAAGAGUAGGAAACAGCAGUAAUGUGUGGCAGAUAAAUCUGAUCACAUCUAGUCUGAACUUUGGCACACACAUCUCUGCAAUCUUGAGCAAAUCCCUUGUACACCACUGCCACCUCUUGGAUUUUAAGGAAAACACCUACCCUCCUAACUCUCCAAGUGACAGGAUCAGAUGAAAAUCUUAGCUUUCACAUGUUUAUAGCUCCCAGGUGCAGGAAAAAAGGCAGAAAACAUGACCUCUAAAGGCUCAAAGGCAAAUAGAGCAUGCUUUUUAACCACUUGGGGAUUAGCAGUGUUGCUUCUAUCAAAAUGGAGAUACUCAAACCCUCCCCCAGGGUAAGACUGAUGUCCAGUGCUCUAUGCUAAGAACCUGAAACAAAGCUAGCUUUCACCUACCCUUAGGCUGGCAUGGUUCCACUGAAAAAAGUUUUCUUUAUAGUGAGAUACCUAAGAGGUGUUACCUCCUACUGUAAAAUCCUAAUGAAGAGAAGGCACUAGUUUUUACCUUGAUGUAAAAGGUUGAGGGGGAAGAGACAGGGCUGGCCACAACUAGCUACAGUAAGGUAAGAACUACAGGGCUCUUUCACACUCAAGACAGGUAACUCAAGUUAGCUAGCUCAGUAUAAAAAACUUGCCCUGCAGCCAGAGAGGGUACAGGCCAAGCCUUGCCUGCAAUCAGUUUCUGGCACUGCAUGGGGCCAGGGCUGUGCUUUGGCAGUCAAACAACAUAUUUGUGACAGUGCUGCAGCUGCUUUCCAUGGGUCUUUUGGGUGGAACUUAAUUUCUCCACUUCACAGCAACUCUCCUGCCUUUAGUGUCAAGUGUGCAGGAGAGGUACUGAUUCUUACACAGGCUGGGCAUCAAAGUUAAAAAAUAUCCUCUGGAGGCUUCCCAAAGAAUUGGAAUGUCCUAUUUGGGGACUGGUGUCUCUUCCAGCUCUACCUGGUUCUGAAGCCAGGAGCAAAUUAACCCCACUACUCCUAUAGACCUAAGAAACUGAACAUCUGAUGUUUAAGGUUAACUACAAGUGCUUGGCUACACACCUGGAAAGCAAGCAGGCCUGGGGGAUUGUAAAGGACACUUGGUCUGUACCACUCAAGCCCCACCCUUCAGAGCUAAACUCCACAACUCAGCCUGUAGACAAGUUGUAUGGUUUCAGCAGUGUCACCCUACAGGUGGUUCUAUCCAGUGGAGGGGGAGCGUACAGCAGCCUACAAUGAAGCAAAUGCCCAAACCCUCUCUAUAGUUCCUACUCUAACAGCAAGCCUAUUUGAUUUAAUGUGGCACUUGAGCUAUUCUCCAUGUAUAAGGUGCACUUUCACAAACCUGUGGGGAAGCAACAGUUUCCUUGCCCUGUGCCUCAAGGCACUGAAUAAGUAACUGCCUUUCUUUACCUUGCAGGAUUAGAUAUUAGGUAUUACAGUUGUAGGAGGGUGAGAUUAGCGAGUCCCAAAGUUGGCUUCUCUAGCAUCUUCCAGUGAGAGCUCAAAGGGCAAGGCUGGGGGAAGAAUUCAGUAAGACCAGAUAUGAGGAAGAUAUGUUAAAGGUUCAGCUCAGCAUGUAAAGCAAUUGGGCUGGCCCAACUUCCAACCCUUUUGAAUUUCACUGAAGUCACAAGAUGGCUUGUUUCACUGGAUGUUGGUUUCUUGAAGAGAAAGGGUCAGAGAAACACACACCAACUUCAUCCUGCUACCAGACUAGUUGUGAGAAUUAAAAGAUCAAUAUUUGUUUACUAAGCAGCUACUGAUUCAAUUGAAGACACCCAUUACAAAUAUUAGUUACAAUCCAAAGCAUCCUUUCUCAUCCAUAAGGAGAUUUUGGUACCCUGGCUCUGAUUGGUAAGUGUUUGUGACAGAGUUGGAUGUUAUAGCUAGAUCACACACUGCAAUUAGGAGUCUAUUUUCUAAAAAUCUGCCUAUCAAACUUUGUCCACCAUAGUAACUAGAAUGCUGUUAAUAUUAGAGCUCAUGCUAAAGCACUCAAAGUGAGCAUAGUUCCACUUUCCCUUCCCUUUUUAGCUGUGCCAAUACUAGAGGGUAUUUUGGAACAAGGAAGUUGAUUGGAAGUGGGGGGGGGGGGGGGGGAGGGAGACAA